AUGUGCUUUGUUCGCCCUGUAUCGCAUCUUCCAACCGUGGAAAACACCCACUUAUUCCAAAACUACCAGCUCACUACCCCACAGGACUGUUUAGGCGACGACGCCGUUCUUUUCUACGGCCACGAAAACUGGAAGGCCCAAUUGUCCGUCGAUGUUGACACAGACUCCAACAAGGUCCGGCUUCCGUUUGCGAAUUUAGGAGCGCUCGAUCGCGACAAAUGUACAUUAGCUGGCACAAAUCCCCCAUCUACAGUGCUGAACGUUUGGCUCUUUGUGCUAAACGAGUGUCUGCUCUGUUAUCUCCCCUCCGCGGAUCUCAUAUUCGAAAUACCGUACGAAGCCAUCAUACUUGUUGGUCUGCGAGGAUCUCGAAUCUAUCUAAACAUAAUAGAGGGCUCGGAUUUGGGCCAGGCUCCUGUUGAGUGCGAGUUUUGGCCAGAAGAGGGCGCAAGCAAGUACCCGUUGUUUGAUGCUUUUUCAGGUUUCACUAUAGACCAGCACUUACAAACAGCUCUACGAGCGAUAAAUGACCGCAUUGCAGCGACCUCCACGUACCAGAAUUCUGAUUCCGAGGAGCCGCAGGAAGAGCCUGCAGACGUGGAGAUCCACCUUAACGAACAGGGCGAGGCCGACGACGAGCUGAACGACCAACUGCUUCCUCUGGAUCCAGCCAACAGCAGCAUGUAUGUCGAGCUGGGAAUCAUGAGUGGAAAACGGGGACGUGAGGAAGACGACACCACAAACGGGGUGAAAACAAAAAUCAGAUAG